GGCGCGGGAGCCGGCUCCCGCCGGAGGUGUCCAGGAGCUCGAGGUUGAGGGCUCUCCGGAGGGACGGACACCCGGCCGCCCGGCCGCGGACGUCUCAGCGAUGUUUUACUCAGGGCUCCUCACCGAGGGCGGCCGCAAGGAGACAGACAUGCGGGAGGCGGCGUCCCUGCGGCAGCAGCGCCGGAUGAAGCAGGCGGUGCAGUUCAUCCACAAAGACUCAGCCGAUCUGCUGCCCCUGGACGGCCUCAAAAAGCUGGGCUCCUCCAAGGACACGCAACCUCAUAACAUUCUGCAGAGGCGCCUCAUGGAAACCAACCUGUCUAAGCUCCGGAGCAGCCGUGUCCCUUGGGCCUCCAAGACCAACAAAUUCAGUCAGGCUAAGUCUGAAGGGCUAAAGAAGUGUGACGAUGAUGACAUGAUUUUAGUGUCUUGCCAGUGUGCUGGGAGGGAUGUGAAAGCUUUGGUUGACACUGGCUGUCAACAUAAUCUCAUCUCCUCGGCCUGUGUGGACAGAUUGGGACUAAGGGACCAUGUCAAAUCCCAUAAGCACGAAGGAGAAAAGCUUUCUCUACCCCGGCAUCUCAAAGUAGUAGGCCAGAUUGAGCACCUACUGAUUACAGUGGGCUCUCUCCGCCUGGAUUGCCCAGCAGCUGUGGUUGAUGACAAUGAAAAAAGCUUGUCACUUGGUCUCCAGACUCUUCGAUCCCUGAAGUGCAUCAUAAACUUGGACAAGCACCGGCUGAUGGUGGGGAAGACAGACAAAGAAGAAAUUCCUUUUGUGGAGACAGUUUCUGUGAAUGAUGACAAGUGAGUGCAUGAGUUGGGGUUUUCUCAGAUGGUGUAUAGGCUUAUAGCCCACCUUUAGCUUUCAGUCACAGCAGAAGUCAGCCCUUCUCCAGACCAGAGUUUACUGUCCCACAGAA